CCCCCCCCUCCUCUCCCUCCCCUUUCACCACCCUUCUUUCUGCCUCUCCUCCCUUUCUGCCCCUUGCUUCACAUCUCGCGCCAUGUCCUCUGCCCACCAGUUUGAGGAUUACUUCGAGGUCUUCGAGCAGGACCCCGGCGGCAAGCCGUUCGACCGUGUCACCCGCAUCGUGGCCAACGGCGAAAACACCGCCGGUGAGAUCACCCUCGAUGUGCACUCGGACCUGUUCCCCCUGAACAAGGAGGCCGACAACAAGUUCUACCUGGUCCUGUCCAAGACGCUUUCCCUCGAUUCGGCCGACCCGGUUGGCUUCGACCAGCGCGGCGCUCCCUCCCUGGCCGACAACUUCGAAUAUGUCAUGCACGGCCGCGUGUACCGCUCGGUCCCGGAGGACGGCGACCGGAGGAUCAUCCUUUUCAUUUCCUUCGGCGGUCUGCUGAUGUGCCUGAAGGUGGCUCCCCGCCACCUGAACAACCUCGCCCUCGGUGAGGAUGUCUACCUCCUCAUGCGUCGCUCCGGCCGGUAAAGCGUCUGCACGGUCGGCACCCCGGUCCCAAUACGUCCCCCCUCCCCAGUCAAGUAGAGCCGUCCUCCAAGAGGCGGUCCACCGCGCUCCGCGCAAAACAGCGUGGCGUCCGCAAUGCGCAGCCACAUCACCCCCCCCCCCCGCCCAGAAAUACAUGCCCCCUUGUG